AGGGGAAGCUGCCUCGCGGAGAGGUGUUGCACGGACUCACGUUGCACGAGUGAUCGUAGUGGUUGUUCGAGCUAUAAGGAUUCGGCCGUAAAGCGUGUCACGUCGGAGAAUUCUCUCUCCUUCUCUUUCCUUCUCUCCUUCCCUCCCUUGCUCUCUCCGCAAAACUCGGAACGGAUUUCACAAUAACUUUGUCUUCCUAAGUACCCCUUGGCCGUGGUCCCGCAUCCCUCUUCUCGACAGCGCCUAUUAUGCGCCCGCGGUUUUGGUGCAGUGUCUACUUCAUCCUCCUCGCGACAGCGGGACCCACGCACUCCGGAAGACCAGUCAGGGCCCUGGCUUUCCGUAAAGGCAGCACCUUCUUCUACCGGCUGAAUUACAAGAUAAACUCUCUGCCUUACACGACGAUCUUCGCGCAAGCGGCGGGCUUCAAAGCGGCAUGGGAACUGCCGACCACCGGUGGGUCUCGGAAGGUCCGGUCCGUUCCAGACAUCUACAAAUGCGCCGAACUCGUGUACGAAAGUCAUGGUUUUGAUGGUCGUUCUUGCUUGCUGAAGAAUAUCUGCCAGGGGCUACAAUACGCAAGACAGAAGGAUGGUGUUAUAGGGAAGAUAUUGAAGCUACUUGCGGGGUCGUAUAUUAACAAUGGUACUUGGCACGAAGAUCCGCUGUUCUGUGAAUAUCAUACCACAAAUUGCCCUUUGCAAUUAGUCGGGUUUAAUAGUUUUACAGAGCUCUAGCAAUGGAGUAACCCGAAAAGCCAGUUGCAGAGUAAUUAUUUGUUUAGUUAAUGCAAAAAAUAAUGCAGCAAAAGCACACGGUAUAACGUUGCUACAAUUACAUUAAUAAAAAUAAUAAUUUUUACAAAAUAUAUUUUUACGUGUAUUAUUAAUUAAUAAAGAACUAUCGGUU